AUGGCUCAAGGGGUAGUAAAAACAGGAGGUUACCAAUACGAAGACGGAUCAAAAUAUUACGGUGAUUGGAAUGCACGGGGACUAAAGCACGGUGCGGGUACUCUGAUAUUGUCCGAUAGAACUCGAUACGAUGGAGGAUUCCAGAAUGGAUUGUGCUCGGGACUCGGUGUUCUUGUUUUUCCUGACGGUGCUAAGUAUGAAGGAGAGUUCAUGCAAGGUUGGUUUCAUGGUCAUGGGGUAUUUUGGCGCUCUGAUGGCAUGAAAUUCGAAGGUGAAUUUCGCGGUGGAAGAAUUUGGGGCUUAGGACUUGUUACAUAUAGUGAUGGCUCUCAUGGUUUUCCAAGAAAUGAAGGCUUUUUUCAAGAUUGUCGUUUAGUUCGACGUCGGCGAUGUCCAGAAGUUAUUCUAAAAGCUCAGAAAAUAUCAAUGUUGGCACGAGCUCAAGCAUCUUAAAUUCAAAAUUUAUUAAAUUAGUGAUUCACUAUAAUCUA